AUGUCUUUUCAUAGCUUAUUGUGGCAAACAUCUUUUGGAGGUCUGAUUUUUUCUAACCAGUUUAUUCGCAUAAAGACCACUGUCCCAUCCUCUUCAAUCUAUGGAUUUGGUGAACAUGAACACCCAUCCUUUAGGCAUGCCAUGAAUUAUGUCAAAUAUGGAAUGUUCUCCAGAGAUCAAGCACCAGCAUUUAGCAAUCUCUACGGAGUUCAUCCUUUUUAUAUGUGCAUAGAGAAUGAUUUUAAUGCUCAUGGUAUUCUUCUCCUGAAUUCCAAUGCCCAAGAUGUCACUCUAAGCCCACAUCCUUCUAUAACAUUCCGGACAAUUGGAGGAAUACUUGACUUCUACUUGUUUCUUGGACCAACUCCAGAAAAUGUUGUCCAGCAGUACACAGAGGCCAUCGGACGUCCAUUUAUGCCUCCUUACUGGUCUCUAGGAUUUCAACUGAGUCGAUGGGGCUAUAACAACAUAGAAGUGCAGCGAAAAACAGUUGAACGUUUAAAACACUAUGAUAUCCCUCUUGACGUUCAGUAUGGUGAUAUUGACUACAUGGAUCGUCAGUUGGACUUCACAUACGAUAAAACUAACUUUGCUGGUCUGCCUGAGUAUGUUAAGACAUUGAAAAGAGAUGGAAUGCAUUAUGUCAUUAUUUUGGAUCCCUUUUUGACAAAAGAUGAACCAGCAGGUACUUAUAAAGCGUAUGACCUUGGACAGGAAAUGGGAAUAUGGAUCAAUAACUCUGAUGGAGCCACCCCAGCUGUUGGCAGGGCCUGGCCCCCAGGAGAUUCGGUGUUUCCAGACUUUACUAACCCCCUAACAACAGAAUGGUGGAUACAGAUGUGCAUGGAAUUUAAGAACAUCAUUGAUUAUGAUGGGAUCUGGAUUGAUAUGAAUGAACCAUCCAAUUUUGCAACAGGACAGCAGCCAGGAUGUGCAAAUAACAAUCUAAACAACCCACCCUAUGUGCCUGAUAUCACUGAUGGAAUUUUGGCUGAGAAAACAUUAUGUCCUGAUUCAAAGACUUUUCUGGGAGACCAUUAUGAUACCCAUUCUCUAUUUGGCUGGUCACAAGCAAAAUCUACUUUUUAUGCUUCUCAGAAUGUUACAAGAAAGCGAGCCUUUGUUUUGAGUCGUUCUACAUUUGUUGGAAGUGGAAAAUACACUGGCCAUUGGCUGGGUGAUAACUUUUCACGUUGGAGAGAUAUGCAUAUGUCAAUCAUUGGCAUGCUAGAAUUCAAUCUCUUUGGAAUCCCUUAUGUUGGAGCUGAUAUAUGCGGAUUUAAUGAAGAUACAAAUUAUGAACUUUGCCUGCGCUGGAUGCAACUUGGGGCAUUUUAUCCCUUUUCCAGAAACCAUAAUUCAAUAGGAAGCAAGGAACAAGAUCCUGGGAUAUUUGGAGAAAAGUUUGCUUCAAUUUCCCGUUCUGCAUUGUUGAUUAGAUACACAUUGCUGCCCUACUUAUACACCCUCUUCUACCAUUCUCAUACCAGUGGAAGUACAGUGAUCCGAGGACUAAUGCAUGAAUUUACAUCAGAUCCUCAGACUCACGGAAUUGACAAAGCAUUCCUUUGGGGAUCAUCUUUAAUGAUUACUCCAGUUCUUGAAGAGGGAGCAAAGUCUGUGAGCGUGUAUUUCCCCGAAGCAUUCUGGUACAACUUCUAUACAGGAGAUCAAGUACCACCUUCUUGGCAGAAGACGUUUGUUGAAGUUCCUGCUCCUCUGGAUAUAAUUCCUCUUUUCAUUCGUGGAGGGGCUAUUCUGCCAAUACAGGCUCCAGCAAGAACAACGGAGCACAGCCGCUUGAAUCCUUUUGGCCUCAUAAUUUCUCUAGACGAGCAGGAAGAAGCAUAUGGCUCUCUUUUCUGGGAUGAUGGUGACUCUAUAGAUUCUAUAGAAAAAGAAAACUACUUCUAUGCCGAAUAUAAAUUCAGUAAUGGAGAGUUGAAAACAACUGUAAUGAAAAAUGGCUUCCCUGGAACUACUACUCUGGCAUAUGAAAAUGUUCAGAUACUUGGUUUGACAUCAAAGCCAAAUAUUAUUUCUGUAAAUGGAAAAGUCAUCCCAAGCGACAGAAUACAGGUGUUUCCCAGUCGGUCGGCCAGCUGGAAACUCCUGGUUGGGCACGUUAAAUUCAAGCAGAGACUGACCCUGUCCCCUACACCCCCCAUUGCUCCUCCUUUGCGUUGCUGGAGUCCUGUUCUCCGUCGCCCCCUUGUGGCCAGCGCUCCAGGACCCGCAGGCUCACGGGCGAGGCGGGAGGAAAGGUGA